AUGUCUCAGUAAAGUGAGACAGACAUGUCAAAUCAAAAAUAAACAAGCUGCUGGGGAUAGAGAAAAAACAAACAAACAUGAGGAUCAAGAGAAAACAAACCAGCUCACAAAAUGACCACAGAAGAAAUAUUACAUUGUAAUUUAUCAAAAUCUUUUGAAAACUCCAGCACUGAAGUUGAAACCCCAUCUGUUAAACAGCUAGAGGACAUAUUGUAUAGUGGCCAGUCGUCCUGUAGACAUGUAGAUGAAGUGUGGCCUAACAUCUACCUUGGGGAUAUGUAUAUGGCUCAUGAUAGAUAUGGCCUGUGGAAGAUGGGAAUCACUCAUAUUCUAAAUGCUGCUCAUGGGAAAAUGUGCUGCAAAGGAAGUCAAGAUUUUUAUGGUACAACUGUAGACUAUCAUGGAGUCCCAGCUAAUGAUCUGCCAGAUUUUGACCUGAGUCAAUAUUUUUAUUCGUCAGCUGAUUAUAUACAUAAGGCAAUCAAUUCUCCAGGGGCCAAGAUUUUUGUGCAUUGUGCUGUAGGAGUGAGCAGAUCUGCCUCCUUGGUGUUGGCCUAUCUAAUGCUUUAUCACCACUUCUCCUUGGUUGAUGCCAUCAAAAAAGUGAAGGAAAACAGGUGGAUUUUUCCAAACAGGGGUUUCCUCAAACAGUUACGGACUUUAGAUAUCAAUUUACAUAAAGAAAGAUAUUAAACUGAAUAGGGAUCUAGGUCCUUGCAUGUCAGUAUCACUGGCUAUCAAAUUGGUAUUUUCUGUGUGUUCUCAGGCAACUCUAGAAUACAGUACAUGAUCCCAGUAGUAAGAACCAUGUGUUUUUCAGACUAAUCUGAACUGAAUCAUAAUGCUGUGCUGUAAUCUGUGGCCAACAGCUGUGUUGACGAUUGGUCUAUAAGCUGUGAGAAACAUUAUAGAACACUGUUCCAUAGUCUGAGAAAAGAGACAAAGUAAACAUAUAAUUGUAAAUACUAAUGUUCAGAUGUGGUUUUCAAUUAUGUUUAUUCACAGAUUCAGCCUUGCUAGCAUAGUUUAAAUUACAAUCUGCAAGACACUGCUGAUCCCCUUUGUCACAGAGUGAAUACAGCUAUUGUUAGUGUGAAGAAUACAUAACUGGAUGCUUUGGUGUAAGUCUCCCACUGUAUGAUUUGCAAAUGAACAAUAUAAUCUAAAACUGUGUGGUAUUCUUUGAUUCUGUCCUUUGUAUAGAAAAAGCAAUUUAUUUCAUCCUCUAUAUAAUAUCAUCUAUAACAGUCAAAGAGAUAUGCCUGUUGCAGUUGCAGAAGAUUUCGCUAAAUUGCAUAGUCUGGUUUAUAUACUCUGUAUCUUGUUAAAUGUUAAAAUAGUUUAACUUAAUGGAAAUUAUCCCUUAGAACUGUUGGUGUUGUUAAAAGCUUAAAGAGCAAUUUACAUAAUGUUAUUUUAAUGUAUAUGAAAAUAUACUAUUGUUUAUUGUUGAUAACUUUUCAUGUAGCCCUGUAACAAUAAUGUUUUACAAAGCAUGCCAAAAAGAGUGUUUUAAUUGUGCAUUCCUGGUAUACUACAAAAUAAUGCAAACAACUGUACAUUCUAUAGAGCCUACUUUACACAUUCAAAAUGGCACUCUGCUUUAGAUUUAAUUCAUCUUCAAAGCAGACAUUAUCAACUGUAAAAGGCUUUCCUCAGUUUCCAGGAUAUUUAUUUGGGUACAGUAAGGAUGAAUCUCUGCAGGAUUAUAUCUUAAAUUAUUUAUAUUUUUUCAAAUCAUUAUAACUGCAUUAAAUAAUAACCAUUCCUGCCAAACAGGCAUUCUUGGUUUGAAAUAGGAUUUUAGACUUAUCAAAGGCUGCAUAUAUAGAAACUCAAAUCACUGAAGUUUAAUCCUGUUACACAGCAACCAGUAAUGAUAAUUUAUAACCAUCUGUGAAAAGACUAUAUGAUCAUGGUUAACAGUUCUGCAACCCUUAAGGGGAUGGGGGUUGUUAACUCUUUAGGGUCCGAGCUAUUUUCGAUUGUUUUUUUUACUGUUGUUAGAUUUGUGGUUAUAACUCUUUAACUAUAAAUGUUAC